UACAUACACUCACUAUAGUAUUUAAAGAUGUAUACAGUGUAGAUUAAAAUAACAGCAACAGUAGUAAAUACGUAGUUGAGAAGAUAUUGUUUAAUUACCUUAUUAUUGUGAUAAUUGUUUUUAAAUCAGUUGUGGGUUUUUAUGAUGUAAAAAUGGCAGCAGACAAAUCAUCGAUUUUGAACGGUUUUAUAGAAGAUUGUGAAGAAUUAAUUGUUCGUUUCGAACGAGCGGACGAUAUUAGAUUUCAGACUUUUUGCGAAAUAUGGAAAGAGAUGAAAUUCUCAUUGAUCUUUACGGGUCGUCCAAGCUUUUUAGAAUUGUUAGAAUUUUGUGAAGAAGCUUUAAAUAUAUGUAAACAGUUUCUUCUCUUGCCUCCUCGUUUCAAAGAACGUAUUGGAGGAUUGUACCUUUUGUAUGGAAUAUACUACAAAAUGCCAGUAGAGCAAUUCAAAAUUAGAAUGAAAUUAGAUGAUUGGCGAAGUAUUAUGGAGCUUCAUGCAGAAAUAAAAGAGGCAGAACACUUGGAUGCUAAUUAUAUAUUAUGUAAAUUAAUUACAGAUAAUGCAUUUAUUUUUUGUAUGUUUGAUCAAGAGUUUGGUUUAGAGAAACAUUAUCGUGUGAAAAAUGCACAGUGCUUUAAUCCAUAUUCUGUAUUAUCAAGCUUGAAAGAUUUAACUGAAAAGGGACAAGUAUUAUCAAAGAUUAGUGAAUUAAGCAAAAUUUAUGAAUCUAAGAAACAGGCACUGAUAUGUAGAAAUAAUGCAGAUGGUUCUUUAAAAUUAUUUAAUGCGAACAUAGCUGAGGAAAUUGUGGGUGAUAUUCAAGCUUUAGAAGAACAAAGAAAAAGGCAGCAAAUAAAAAAUGAAAUUGAUAAAGAACAGAUAUAUCCUUCAACUUCAAAAGAGGAACAUAAAAAAUUAUCUCAUAUGAAAGGUAAUUACAAGAAAAAAAUACGCUCGUAUAUUAAUGGUGGUUUUCAAUCAGAUUCUAAUAAUUCAGAAGAUGAAGCAUUAGAUGUUGAAGAUUAUGACUCUGAUUCGACAGAAAAUUUUGACUGAAGAAACACAAAAAGAACAUUAAAUAAAGAAUACAUCUUUUGUCUUUGAUUAUUAUCAUCAAAUCCAGCACUGUGACCUGCAUUUCGUACGAUAAAACUGGUUCCAUCGUAGUGCAUGCGUCGUUCACCUCGAC